CUCAUUCCUGACUCCUCCUCUCUGGAUUGCCAAUUGUUUGUCAAACAAGUCAAUCCGCGGCAAUAUGUUGCUCAAAUUCCCCAGUUACCAAAUACUGAAGUUUGGUUUCAACGGCCAAAAGACAUUGUCAGGAAGUUGCUCUCAGGAGAUCUGGAUUUAGGCAUUGUUGGUCUUGACAUAGUUAGUGAAUUUGGUCAGGGUAACGAAGAUCUUAUCAUUGUCCACGAAGCUCUCAACUUUGGAGAUUGUCAUCUCUCCCUUGCGAUACCCAAUUAUGGAAUAUUUGAGAAUAUAAAAUCUCUGAAGGAGCUAGCACAAAUGCCUCAAUGGACUGCGGAAAGACCUUUACGAGUUGCCACAGGAUUCACUUAUCUAGGCCCCAAAUUUAUGAAAGAUAACGGUAUCAAGCAUGUGAGCUUUUCAACUGCAGAUGGAGCCCUAGAGGCAGCUCCUGCGAUGGGGAUAGCUGAUGCCAUUUUGGACCUUGUGAGUAGUGGGACAACCCUUAAAGAGAACAACUUAAAAGAGAUUGAAGGAGGGAUUGUGCUGGAAAGUCAGGCUGCAUUAGUGGCGAGCAGAAGGGCAUUGACUGAGAGAAAAGGAGCACUAGAAACAGUGCAUGAGAUUCUCGAGAGAUUAGAGGCUCAUUUGAAGGCAGAUGGUCAAUUCACUGUUGUUGCAAACAUGAGAGGAACGGAUGCUGAGGAAGUGGCUGAACGUGUGAAAACCCAAUCAUCAUUAUCAGGAUUGCAGGGACCAACAAUAAGUCCAGUUUACUGUAAACGAGAUGGAAAAAUAUCAAUUGAGUACUACGCCAUUGUGAUUUGUGUACCCAAAAAAGCUCUAUAUGAGUCUGUGCAGCAACUGAGAGCGGUGGGAGGAAGUGGAGUACUGGUGUCACCUCUAACAUACAUUUUUGAUGAAGAAACUCCCAGAUGGAGUCAGCUUCUAAGUAACCUCGGCCUUUGAUGCUGCUUCACAUGACUGAGAUAGAUACUCCGAUGUUUAGUCAAGAUGCAUUCGUCUCUUUGGUCAGAGGUGGCCUCUUUCAAGCCUUUCAGAUAGUAGUCAACUUAAAAGCCAAUUUUCUCAAAUUAAAAUUCAUUUUCAUUUUCUAAACAGUUGGAAUACCCAUGGAGGUUAUUUAAAAGUAUUAGCUUAUUGAAUAAAUUGGUAUUCACGAGUCA